AGGCGGGCUUUGAACCCGGGGCGGGCGGGGUGGACAGGCGCGAAACGAGACGGGGCCCGCUGGCCUCAGAGACGCCUUGCAUAAGCCCUUAUUGAAGGGUCCCUUUACUUGUCUGUUUACAAUAAUUCUAUCCAGCCCUUCUCCCCGACAGGACCCAAGGCGGCUGAUAACCAUUGAAACAGCAUAUAAAAGCUAAAAAGCAAGGUGAUCCUGAAAGCCCAGAAAUGAAGGAGUUGCCACCAGACACUGUUCGACUCCUUUCGAGUUCACAAGUGAUCACAUCAGUUGUCAGUGUGGUUAAAGAACUGGUCGAGAAUUCUUUGGAUGCUAAUGCAACAACUGUUGAUAUUAAGUUGGAAAACUAUGGUUUUGAUAAGAUUGAGGUGCGAGACAAUGGUGACGGGAUCAAGGCUGCUGAUGUCCCCGUCAUGGCAAUGAAGCACUACACUUCAAAAAUAAGCUCUACUGAGGACCUUGAACGCUUGACAACAUACGGUUUUCGUGGUGAAGCCUUGGGUUCCAUUUGUUCCAUAUCAGAGGUCCACAUUACAACGAAGACAGCUAAUGAUGAUUUUAGCACCCAAUACAUUUUGGAUAGAAGUGGUCAUGUAACUUCUCAAAAACCAUCUCAUCUCGGACAAGGUACAACUGUAAUAGUUCUGAAGCUAUUCAAGAAUCUGCCUGUGAGAAAGCAGUUUUAUUCCACUGAUAAAAAAUGUAAGGAAGAAAUUAAAAAAAUUCAGAAACUUUUGAUGGCCUAUGGCAUCAUAAAACCAGAACUGAGGAUAACAUUUACACAUAAUAAGGCCAUAAUGUGGCAAAAGACCAGGGUAUUGGAUCACAAAAUGGCUUUCAUGUCAGUGGUGGGAACUGCUGUGAUGAGCAGCAUGGAACCUUUUCAGCACCACUGCGAAGAUCCUGAGGUAUUUCUCAGUGGCUUCCUUCCAAAGCCUGAUUCAGAUCACCAUUUGACAAGUCAUUCAAAUGGAGACAAAAGCUUCAUGUUCAUAAACAAACGACCUGUGUGUCAGAAACAAAUUCUCAAGUUGACUCAACGGUAUUAUAACGAGAAGUUGAACAAAGAUUCCAGUCGUUUAUACCCUGUUUUCUUAAUCAGUGUUGCUAUUCCUCCAUCUGCUCUGGAUGUCAACUUAACACCAGAUAAAUCUCAAGUACUGCUGCAUAAUAAGGAGUCCAUUUGUCAAGCUAUGGAUGAUGUUUUGACAUCCAUGUAUGGACCUCUGUGCCAAACUACUUCUUGUGGAACAGACAAAACUGAUGCUACUGCAGGAGACCUGUCUUUUAGUGAGGCAGCACAAACAGGUGUAUCUGUCAAUGAAACUAAGUCCGAUCAACAUAUAGAUCCACAUGUAUGUGGACCAUUAUUUUCAUUUCGUAAUGAUGCGCAAAACAGUGAGAUAGGAAAAACCAUGGAAGUCUGUUUAGAAAAUCAAACAUUGUAUAAUAAUUCAGCUCAGAUUUUCCCUAGCAAAACAGAUAUAUCUGGCAAUGAAACAGAUGGAUCUAACAGUUUUCAGGAUGGCUCACUCAGUAAAUUAGUAUGUGAGGACCAGCAAGAAAAUUCUAAGGUAAUAUUUAACUUAGACAGCAAUACCUUAAUGGGCAUUAGUUCUAAAAAUAGCAUUGAGGAUGGUUUGGGAAAUGGCCUUUUCCAAGAAACAGAAAAAGGAGUGGGAACUGUAACCCUAAAAGAUUCUUUUGAAGUCACAGCUGAUAAAUGGAGUCUGGGGAAUGCAUUUAAAAGUUCCAGAGGGGAAAACCUGAACCCUGUUCAGAUUUUAAUUCCCCAGAGAGAAGAAAUAAGAGCCCAAACAAAGAACAGUGGAGAUGACCAACAAAAACUUCAACAGAAAGAUGACAGUCGGAACAUGAAAAAAACAAAUGUUGUAGAUAAUAAAGUGGGACAGAUUAAAGCCUAUGAUAUGAUAAGCAGCCAGAUAAUAAGGAAACCAAUGUCAGCAUUUGCCCUCUUUGCUCAAGACCAUCGUCCUGGGUUGUUGACAAAAAAUGCCAAAGUGAGUGCAGAAGAACUAAUGCUAAAAAUGGAAGAAAUGUGGAAGGCACUGGAGGAGGAAGACAAAAAAAAAUAUGAGGAAAAAGCUGUUAGAGACUUGGAGCGCUACAGUAGGCAAAGCAGAAAUGCAAAGAAUGAAUGUAUGCAGAGAUCAACAAAAGAAAAAGAGAAACGACAGAAGGCCAAACUGAAAGACUGUCUAUCUAAUCAGCUGAAGCUUGACACACUUUUUAAUUCUCCAGUGGAAAAGAAAAAUAUUUGCCAGACAGCAAAAAUUUUACAAGUGCCCUUCUCUAUGGAUUCUCUGAAACAGAAACUUCAUGUACUUGAACAGAACAUAUCGGAUAAAGAUGAACAUUGCCUCAUUCACCUUCUGAAUUUUCCUGAUGCAUGGAUAAUUGCUUCUCAGACAAAAAUAAUUAUGUUGAACCCAUACAGAGUAGAAGAAGCCCUUCUGUUUAAAAGGCUUCUUGAGCAUCAUAAACUUCCUAUAGAGAAGCUGGAGAAGCCAAUUGUGUUAACUGACAGUCUUCUCGGUGGGCCAAGUUAUAUGGAAGUUCUUUGCAGCAUGCCCAAGAAAAGUGUACAGUUUGAUGGAUCAUCCUACUUGUUGGAUUCAAGGCUUAUAUCAAAUGGAUUUAAGAUCAAAAUUAUACCAGGUACUUCAGUUGUAGAAAAUCAGCUGGAAAUAGAAGGAAUGGCCAACUGUCUCCCGUAUUAUGGUGUAGCAGAUUUAAAAGAAAUUCUGAGAGCUGUGGUAAAUAAUAAUGCAAAGGAAGUACAUGAGUGUAGACCACUUAAAGUGGUAAACUACUUGGAGGGAGAAGCGGUGCGACUCUCUCGGCAGCUCCCCUUGUAUUUAUCAAAGGAAGAUGUACAAGACACUGUAUGCAGAAUGAAGAAGGAACUGGGAUAUCAGCAUAAAAGCUGUGUUCAUGGCCGACCUCUUGUUCAUUAUUUAACAGAAGUCCCACAAACUAACUAGCAAAUAAACAGUUCACACAAAAUCAUGUUUUAUACUUUUAUAUAUGUUAUAAUGUGGAAAUUGCUGUUUGUACAAUGAACAUAAGCAUUGGCUUUGUCUAUUAAAAUAUAUUGUAAAUAAUCCAUUGCUUUUCUUAAACAAAUAUGAUGUUGAAAACUACUCAUGACUCUUUCCAAGUGAAUGGACAAUUAAGGGUGAGAGCAGGUCUGCAUUUGUCCCUGAGAUACUAACUGAUUUCACAGCUUUUCAUACUAGACAAAGUUCACAAAAUAAAGUGUACAAUGCAGAACUGCUAAUAGUGACAGGGAAAAGAUAAAGAGUAUAAUUUUCUUAACAAUGAAGAAUAAGUGAGGAAGCAAUCAGAUCUAAAGGAAAAAGUACAUUCAAAUCUAGUUAUCUUUGACAUAUGCAUUUUUUCAACAAAAUUCUCAGUGUAUGAGAAAGCUGUUCAGAUAUAGUAGUGGAUCAGUAGAGAUACACGUGUAGCAGCAGCUUCUUGAUAUGGGUUGCCUUGUUGGAAUUGUUCAGACAGAUGCAGAAGAUGUGCAUUCAGACAUAGCAUACAUAUUGUUAGGAAUGUAGGGUCUUAUAAAAUUGAACUGUGGCUGGGGCAAUAGUGCAAAAGAAGGUUCGCAGGACUCGGGUACUGUAUAAUAUUUUAAAGGGUGUUAGCAAAUUUCUAUGUUAUAGUAUGCAACUUUUUAUAAAAUGCAUGUAAAUGGCAAAUACAUAUUAGCAGUAUUAUUUGUAAUAUAAUGAGUUCUUAAAUGUAACUUUGAACAGGACACUUCCUGUUAACUGUUGCUGUGCCAAAAGGCAAGGAAGCCCUAGGCCAUUUAUUGUGAAGCAAAUUAUUUUCAGAUUGCUGAUUGCUUUAAAAAUGAAAGAUUGUACAAGACUGACCAGAAACAAAGCUAAUUUUGUAGGUUUCUUUCUCUAUAAAACAAUGGCUGUCUUUUCCACAAUGCAACACUGGAUGUCUAUGAUAUAUGGCUGACAUCUGAAAGCAAGAAACUAUACUUAAGAUUACUUGAUGGUUUCAGUAGUUCCUGUACAUCAGUGGUCCCCAACCUUGGGCUUCCAGAUAUUCUUGGACUACAACAGCCUUCAC